AGUUCUUCCUAGUUUGGUUAGCAAACAGUGAGGAGUGAUUUCAAGCCUUGCUAAGGAAACGAAUUACUUUUUAGCUUAAGAAAAUCAAAUUUUAGCGGCGAUAUACAGAUACAGAAAGCAAGCAACAUGCAGCAGGGUCAAAGAAUAUUUAGUUUUCCCUCGAUUGUGAAACUAAAUGUCGGCGGUCAUUACUUCACCACAAGUCUUCAAACAUUGACCAGAGAUCCAAACUCAAAGCUAGCCGGCAUGUUUUCAGGGAAGUUUGGGAUGAACCGUCUUGAAGACGGCGCUUUCUUUAUCGACCGGGAUGGAACUCACUUCCGGUUUAUACUCAAUUAUCUGCGGAACGGAGAGCUAGUUUUACCGGAUGGUGCAAAAUUUCUCAAAGAACUUGAAACUGAAGCGCAGUUCUACCAGAUUGAAGGGAUACUAAUUAGGUUGAGCCUUUUUUCGGAGAUACUCACGAAUGAGGAACAUAUCAACGUGCUGCUAGGUUGGCUGCCUUUCCAUGACGCGAGGAUGAGGCGACGUCGCCUCGGUCUUCUGUACCGUGCUUCUCGAGAUGGCUUCGCAGCCGAAUGCUUUCACUCCAGAUGUGACAACAACGGGCCUACUGUUACUAUUGUGAAGAGUGGAGAAUAUAUAUUUGGAGGUUUUACGGAGCAGUCUUGGACGAGUAAGUAGUAAAUUAACUCAAUCGGG